AUGUGGAAUAUGAUGUGCGACGUUAUGCCAACGAUCGCUGAAGACAGUAUAAGUCAAAGAAGCUCACAGUUCUCUGGUGAAGAUGCCAAUUUCGAGCAGCUUAUGGUGUCCAUGCUCGACGAGCGGGACAAGCUUAUGGACUCGCUUCGCGAGAGCCAGGAGAGACUUCAAGAGGCUGAGGCUAGGGUCCGGGACGUUGAGAAGGAGCGGGAUGCUCUUAAUAGACAAAUCAAUGCUAGUGUUCCUCAGGAAUUUUCCCAGUUGACGAAAGAGUUGUCUGCUGCACGUGAAAGUAUUCUUGAGCGCGAGGAAGAAAUAUCGGAAUUGAAGGCUGAGCGUAAUAAUACUCGGCUGCUACUUGAGCAUCUGGAAUGUCUAGUAUCUCGGCACGAAAGAUCUCUUCGGAUGACGGUGGUGAAGAGACAAGCGGCUGCACAAUCCGGAGUGUCGUCCGAGGUCGAGGUACUCAAGGCACUCAAGAGCCUCUUCGAGCACCACAAGGCUUUGGAUGAAAAGGUUCGAGAACGAUUAAGAGUCGCGCUCGAAAGAAAUACAAGCCUUGAGGAGGAGCUCGCACGAACCAAAGACGAGUUGCAGCAAUAUAAACUCGGUGGGUACCCAGCAUCAUUAAAGCCAUUAGAAGACAAGCCUAAAGAAAACGGGCAACUGGACGAGCAGCAGCAGCAGCAGCAAUUACAAAACAAGAAUGAGGAGGUGAACCAGCUGAAUGAGACCCACCAGGACGAAUCGAGUAAGCGAGUAGAUAUUGUUGACGAUGUCAAUGAAUCCUCUCCAGAGAAGACCACUAAGGAAGACGCCGAAAGGCUCAGCAAUGGAGAUACUACUGAGGAUUAUAAGGAUCCUAAAGAUUCUAGAGAUUCUAAGGAGUCUUUAGCGCGAGUCGCCGAGUUGCAAGCGACUGUAGAGAAACAGAACUCUGAAAUAGCGACGUGGCAACGUCGAGUCGGGGAAUUAAGCUCUCGUGUUGCUGAAUUAGAAGAAACUCUUUCUAAAACACAAAAAGAGUUCAUGAAGACCCAGGAAGUAAAUGGAAAAUUGCAACGCGAUUUACGGGAGAAUGUUGCGCAAAAAGAGGACCAGGAAGAAAGAAUAGCGACUCUUGAGAAGAGAUACUUGAAUGCUCAGCGAGAAUCUACUAGUGUUCAUGACUUGAAUGAAAAAUUGGAGCAGGAACUUAAACACAAGGAAGAUCAGCUAAAACUGCAAGAAAAGAGAAUAGCAGCGAUACAAGAAAAACUUGAGCUUGCGGAACAGAAACUGGCGCAGUACGCAAAACUACCAGAAAUGGAGGAACAGUUGAAGCAGAGGAUGGAGGCUCUGACGCAGGUGAGGAGGCCCAACCAGAUUUGUGAUACAUUAAAUAAGCAGGCGCAAGAGAAGCACGGCAGCGCCGAGGACAGAAUACAAAGACUGGAAACUCAAUUAGAAGAAAAGAAUGGCGAGGUCAUGCGUCUUAAUCAACGAUUGAAGAUGAAUGAAGAGCAUAAUUCACGUUUAAGUAAUACUGUUGAUAAACUAUUGUCAGAAUCCAAUGAGAGACUGCAGGUGCAUUUGAAGGAACGUAUGCACGCAUUAGAGGAGAAAAACGCGCUGACUCAAGAGCUAGAAAAGAUGCGUAAAAUAGCUGAAGACUUGCAGAACGAGAAGAGCGAGAUAAUGAAAGAGCUGAGCAAAGCGCGACUAGAAAUAGACAACGUAAAGCGUCAAAUGUUGCAGCAAGAAAUAGCGUUUAACAUACAACAGACUGAUGCACUGACCCGCAGUUUAUCACCCAACGCCAUUACACUGGUAGAACCGUCGUCAUCUUCCAGGAGUGCUAGUCACAGUAGUUUUGAUACUCACUCAUUGCCAAGACGUGCUGCUAGUAAGCGUAUCAUUGAUGAUGAUUCUGCAAAGACUCGUUAUUUAUUACAGAGUUACGUUGCUCGCACACUGGCCGAGCAGGAGUGGGAAAAACUUCAGCAGGCUCACGUGCUAGCAAACGUACAACAAGCAUUCGAUGUAUCAAGCGACGCAGAAGUAGACGGAGACAACGAGAGUCUCUUCAGCUCAGCCGCGGACAUGAUCAGUCCUUCAGGUCACACAGACGCCCAAACUCUGGCGAUGAUGCUGCAAGAGCAGCUGGACGCCAUCAACAUCGAGAUCCGGCUGAUCCAGGAAGAGAAGCAGAGCACUGAAGCCAGAGCAGAAGAACUCGAAUCUCGGGUAGGCAGCUUGGAGCACAUGAACCUGCUGACCCGUGGUCGCAGUCACGAUCGCGCUUCUCCGCCACUGAGUGGCCGCUCGACGCCAAAGUCCCAUCACAGUCCCAAUCGUGACUAUCUUCACAAAUACCACACUGUAAGACUUGUCUCAGUAGAUUAA